GGGUAAAGGAUGUGAAAGAAGAUGAGAAGAAAAGAAGGGAAAUGACUGGUAUAUUUAAGCAGCUUCUUUUGUUACCCUUGUUUAUGUGGAAUAAAGUUGUCAUUUCAUUUCAUCAAAAGUUUAUUGAGCAUCCAGUAUGUGCUAGGCACUCUGCUGGAUGCUAGUAAUACAAAGAUGAAGAUGAAAACAACACAAACAAACCCCACUUCCUUACUUACCCCUCCCCACCCACAAUUUAAGGCAGAUUUGGCUUAAGCCUGGCAAGCUGGCCCCUCAAGGAUUCAGCACCAGGGUAUGGCAUGUUCUCAUCUCACCCUAACCUUCACCUGUGCAUCUCAAGGCUGACCAGCAGGUACUCCUUAUCCAAGUCCUGCUGCCUCUUCCACCUUCCUGAGAAACUUUUCCCCUACAUGCAUUAUAUCAUUAUGGAUGAGGCACCUGGGAAGUUUAGGGGAGCUGUGAAGGCACACCUGCUCAAAUGAGCCUGGGGAAGCGCCGAGGGAUAGGGAGCUGAGACAGGCAUGCUGUUGGGGUCAGGGCAGAGGGGGCAAACUAGAAAUGUCAGUGCCUUUGGGGCUGAGACAAAACUUGACCUGGUGUGGAGGUGAUGGGUAACAGGGGCCUUGGAAUUGAUCCACGGGUUGAUGGCGAAUCAGAGCUGGAGUUUAGGAGGCUAGGGAUGCAAGGAUGCUUGGAGGCAUUAAGGAGGAGGGGACAGAAUACACAGAGGGCCUCCUUCUCUUUCAGCUUUUUAAUUGCCCUCUCUCCUCACGUAGUAGAUUACUGCCACUCCUAUGAACUGUUCAAUAGGUGGUGGCAUGGGCAUGUCCUGGCUACACAGUGGCCCAGCCUCUUUAUUUUGAUGUUAGUGUGAUUAGGGAGUCUGUCCUUUUUCUGUGCCCUUGGACCUGAGCAUGUGGGAGCAGGGCAGAUGGGUGGCAGGAGGCCAGAGGUUGGAUAAUGUUCCCCUGAAAUGCUGGGAAGCAAUAAGCCUCCUCCUCCCCCGCUCCCCCCACCAUUUCUCUGGAGAUUAGGACUUAUUCUCACAGCUGGAGGAAGCUCAACAACUUUCCUGAGGACAAUGAUUGUUUGAAAGGCUUGUUUUGUAAGGAAGCCAGGACGAAUAUAUGAGUUUGAUGAGCUAAAACAGUUCCUCACUUGGUCUGGUUUUCUGGGCCAGGGGAGUAAGUGAAAUUCACUCCUCUAUAAGAAUAAGCCCAUCCAUCUCUUUUAUUCAUGAACAGAGACAGAAGGAAUGCUUGGCAUGGCAUGCCUCUGAGGGAGGCUCUGGGAGGAGGCCAAGCUGGCAGGCUCGGGUUCUUUGCCCUUGCUAGGGCCCAGGUCAGAGGGAAAAGGAAUGUACUUAUACCCUUCCCUCACCACUUUGUAGGUCCCCAGGUACCAGAUGCCCAGGGAAGAAGGCCUUCACAAUGACCCCCCAGCUCAGCACAGCUCCUGCACACCGCGUAACCGGCAUCUGGCUUCUCCUUAGCUUAGUGCAGCUGUGGAUUUUGGGAAAGUGGCCUCUCUAAUCUAAGCUUGCAAAAAAAAAAA